AUGGAUACAUCCGAUGCGGCCGCGCUGGCAGCCCUGGUGGUUGCCAUACUGGCCAUAUUCGUGGCCAUUCUCCAGGCCGUGCAGCAGUACUUGCUGACUGGGGCGCUCAUCCGCUUAUGCGAUUCGGUGGUAUUUGGGAAAAUGCCAGGUCGAGGACGGCGCGUAUGGGAAAUGAGCCAGUUCCGAUUCCGUGUGGUGUAUUCGAUUCCGCAGGUCAGUUUGCACCGAGAUUUGUGGCCCGGGUCUUUGCCGCAUAUUCCUUCAUACGCGAAAGGGUCCCGUUCUUUGCCAGAUUUGGGACUGCUAGAGGCAAAGGACGAUAAUUCUUCUUCCGUACAGGAGGGACCCUGGAAGGCUGGAUCUCCCGCGAAUUCAGUGUCAUUCUCACCGGGGGAAGCAUCGUGGGUUUCUUUCUGUCGUGCGGUCCAGCUAUCGAGUGGACGAUCGAUGGUCCUCGACCUGGUUGCUGGAGAUGCAGAUCGCUGUCCGUCUGAUCUGCCAAACGUGCCGAUGCCGAUGUCUAUGCGAGACAUUGCGGUAAUGGGCUUGAUGACCGGGAUGAAAUGUACCCAGGCGUCUUUCGAGGCGAAAUCGCUCUCAAUGCAGGGCCUUGUCGGUACCAUCACUACUUCGCAGCAUCCGUUCCUGGGACCGCUCCUUCAUUUCAGCCCUCGCAACAUGUCAGUCAAUGAGAUCCAGGACCUACAGAUCGGCGGCGGUGCGGUGGACCCCUUCUGGAUGUCUCGCAUGUGGGAUGAGGUCAAUGUUGCUGGUCGUCGCUACACACAAGACCAAAGAAUGAAAAUCGAAAAGGACGAAGCCAGUUGGGCUCGAAGUCUUCGAGAACGUGCAGUUGUUCCGAUGAGCCGCAAUCGAUCGCCGCCUCCGAGCUCGCUUUCUGGUUUGCGUCGCCGUCGAAGUGCGGGCCCUGAGCUGACGAAGUCUUCAGAUACAGUGGUGUCCUCGCAAAGUCCUGAGAAACAAAAUGGUUCAGGGUUCGUAUCAUCCUGCAAAGACGACAGUUGCCGUACGCUUUGGACUCGAUCUGAUGGAGACUGGUCUGUGGACAAUCGCGCGACAGUCGUUGAUGAUACGCCAAAUAUGGUAGCCCAGACCAUUGAUACGUGUCAGAAGACCCCACCCUUGCGUAUCAAAGACAAGGUCAAACGACAUCGACGAGCCCUGUUGGCCCAAACGUGGAAUAUAGUGUUCUACAAAAGACAUCAUUCGUCAAAGAAAACACUUGAUGACCCCUUCAACGCCGAGCUAGAACUUGGCGGUACCAGAGUCACCCCGGGAGUCGUACCAAACCCCCAGCGGAACAUGCAAGACCAAAACUCUGGAAAUCGGAGAAACACCCAAGAUCAAGGUGCCAACCUCCCUCCGAGAUGGUGGAUCUCCAAUUAUAUCAAAGAGAAACGCCAGGUGAUAGAAGGUGAUAUUCUGGAGAACGAACGUCCAAAAGGUCCCCUCCUGAUAGGGUGGUACGAUGAAGAUGACCAAGGAAUUCCGGAAUUAAACGAAGCGGAGGAAAACAUCGCAAAGUCUGUUUUGGAGAUGUGGACUCGAUCUCGGUCCGACUUGGAGUCGCAAAGAGCAGCAUUCUACGCCUCAAGAUGGCGUAAUGUUAUUCAAAGGCGACAGAUGAAUCGUGAGGAUCGUUCUCGCUCACGUCGUGCGCCGGCGAGGAGCUCGCAAAGGGCCCGCACUAGGUCCGACUCUGGAAGACGAUAUCGGAGUCCUGACGAGAAAGUUCCCAAUCAAUCGCUUGCUGAAUCUCGUCGACAUUAUGAACUACGAGUACCAUAUUAUCCUCCUGUUUACGACGAUGAAGCAGGAACUCGAUCCCAAGCCGGUUAUUAUCAAACCAACAGCCCAAAUAUCUACGCCAGACCAUCAGCCCCGGAAUCCGGGUCCAGACCGCGAAUGCCCCGGGAUCGCGGCCAAUACUCUGAAUCCAAUGUCGAGGAUGAAACAGUUCACCGACAAUCUCGACCGCGGUCUCGGGUUCGUUCGCGCCCGAACGACAAGGUCUUCGAAUACGGCGAUGGUGGCAUUGCAGGCCGGAUACCAGAGGCCUGGCUAAAUCAAAAGUCCCCAGAAAAUUCUACAAGCAAAAGUCCAGUGUCACCAGCCUUGGAUAAUUCAAAUGAGCGCAAACCUACAAACCGAGUCGGCUUCGGACCGACAAUUGAUGUUAUCGAUGCGCCAUCAAGUGAUGAAGAUGCAAAUGAAGACAGCAAAAAAACCUUGCCCGCUGAGAAAGAAAGUCAAGAGUGGGAAUUUGUCACACCGGCUCAACAAUUCCGCCUUGAUUACCCGCAUCUCAGUAUUCCUCCUAGUGCUCUCUCGCCGAGGACGGAUCCGGGAAGAGAAGUUUCGCCCCCUCCACGGCAAAGUUAUUUCCCCGCGCAUAGGAGGCCUUCGUCUCCUUCAUCUUCAUCCAUUUCACCAAGAACGAGUUCGGGGAGAGCAAUUUCGCCCCCUCCGCGACAAAGCGGCAGCUCAGCAGAAAAGCCCAAAGGGAUUCUUAAACCGCCAAGAGCCACUUUUCCCGAGGAAGCCAACCCCAUACGAGAAGGAGUUGCCCCAUUGAGGGAUAGGAAACUACCUGACGAAAUUCCUGCCGGGGCUCGAUGGACCAAGAUUGACCGCAGACUCGUCGAUGUGGAAGCUUUGGAGGCGGGUAAUGAGCGCUUCGAGGAAAGGUCUGAUCAUGUUAUUGUUCUCAGGGUACUCAGCAAGGAGGAAAUUCAGCGAUAUGCGGUUAAGACGCAAGAAAUCAGGGGUGAGCUAUUCCGUUGUAUCCCGAUGAUCAUCUGA